UCUGGAAAAGAUCUGAAUUUUAAAAUUACGUUCAUGAUUUACAUAACUAAAACGAUACGAAUAGUGCCACAAUCACAUUAAUUACAACAAAAGAUGAAAACAGGAGUAGCAUACGGAAUAGUCGCUAGUUCGAAAACACGUGUGAGAUGUGUAUUUUGUGGAGUACACAUACCAAAAGCUACGAAAUGUAUCGAACAACACACAAAUGGAGUAAAACACCGAGAGAACAUAGAAUUAAUGAAUGAAAACGCUAUCGCCCUAAUUAGUGAUGCGUUAUAUUGUCGACCCUGUAUGAUUAACAUCCCCGAGGACUAUUCAAUAACUAAACAUAUCGAGAUGGAAGAUCACGCAAACUGGAUAGCUGCAAUUGACGACCUUACUGACGGUGAGUUUAUAUCAAUCGACUCUUAUCUCUGCUCGGAGACCGACAACGUUCACUGCGAGGUCUGCAGCAUGAAUAUCGUCUGCACACUACAAAAUAUCCAAAAUCAUGUAAAUGAGUUUAGUCACAGAGCGAACAUUAUGGAGAGACUCAAGCCACUUAAUGCUGUAUUCUGUUCUGAUGACAAUGAAGAUGCAUGGUGCAAACUAUGCGAUGUGUACAUUGUAAACACUGUUCAGAGUAUACUUGAACACAUUGAUGAUGAUGAAGAACAUAUACAGUUGCUGGCCAGGCUCGAAGAUAUUGCAGAGGUUCACAAUUUAAAUAUUGACAGUUACUUAAUGAAUGAACAUGAAAAUAACGCUUUUUGCAAUAAAUGUAACAUUGAAAUAGUCUGUAAUGUGGAAAAUAUUGAAGAACACAUAAAUUCUAAUUCACAUCUAAAUAAUAUAAUAGUUUAUUAAGGAUCUUACUGACUUUUGAAAUUGGAAUGCCAACAUUACAUCAAUUUUGAAAUCUUUUUUUUAACUACAUGACUUGAAUCUUGUAAGGAUAAUCGUUCAAUGAUAAUUUCUAUUAGACAGUUUUGCUCUCACAAAAAAUUUACUUUGAAAGGAACAAAAAAAUACUUUUGUUUAGAACGAAUACAUCUCUUUAAAAAUGUCAUUUGUGUAUUAAUUUACUGUUACUAGAAUUUAAGAAGACAUUUAAAAUGAAAAAAUAUUGGUUGAUAUCACAAAUUAAUUAUUGCACAAUUUAACUUAGUAAGCCCAUUAUUACAUCUAGAAACAUACAGUAUUAUGAUUUAAAAAUCAUCUCAAAACAAACAGAGUUUAUUAAUAGUUUGUUCCCAAACUGUUCUAAAGCUAAAACACAUAAACAACUAUACUAGAGAUAUUGUUGAC